AUUGAAAUAAGAAUGGAAUUGAAAAAUGUGGUGAAGGACAAGAAAUUUUGGAUGGCAUCUUUCAUCAUUGCUUGGGCUGCAGCUCUUCAGGGUCACAUGAUGUGGUUGCAGCGCCAGAAUUCCUUCAAAGAAAAAUUCGGUAACCCCCAAGAUCAUCCUCAAAACCCUAACUAACUCUCUUAGAUCACACCUUCACUUCUAUUCUGUUUCUAUGCUUCGAUUUAUUAUUAUAUUAAACAAUCUUUAUCUUCCGCUGUUUAUCAAUUUGAAUCAUGCAUAUGUUGUCUUUUUAUCCACUGUGAAACUGCUCGAUAGCACAUGUUAGAACAGAAACGAUGAAAUCUAAAAGCAGACUAAAAUUCCCAAUUGUUGCUUCAGAGUUUAUAUUCACUUCUGCCAUGCCCUUUUAUUCAAUUUAAUUUCAGAUUUGGUUCA